AUGCGGCUUUUGAACUCAAGGAUCACCUGGUCGGACGUAGACACAAGGCUGGCUGGUGAGAGGAUGGUUGUAUGGCUGGGGCAUGGCACUGUGCUGCCUGCUUGUCCGAACACCGCCAGUUCCGCAGUCAAGUCUGCCGCUAGUGGACCGAGAGAUAAAGCUGCGCUUGGACAAGGCGUAAGCAGGUGUGAUGAAGCUGACCAGUGGGGCGGUUGCGGUGGCGGCAGUCGACGAUUAGGGAGUUGGCGGGAGGGGAGAGGAGGGCUUAUCGCUGGGGCGAAAUGGUACAGUGAACACGAGACAGACGCAGGUCAUGCCGAGGGGGAUGGGCUCUUGGCCGAGGUGGGUGGUUGGCUGGUUGGUUGGUUGGUUGGGGAUGAGGCGGGGGCGGCAGUGGGAGCAGGCUACAAAGUGGGACUGCAAGGGGGCUGA